UGGCAGACAGGGCCACACCUCAGCUCUGGAGGAAGCCGCAGACCUCAGCUGUACAAGCGCAGCCGGGACAAGGGGAACUUUCCCGUGGAACUCAGGACGAAAAGCCUCACGGCGUCGACCUGUCCGCAGGGCGGAGCGCGGGGUGAGAGCAGGCGGCGAGGAGUCGGUGCAUCGGGGACUCCGGCUAGGGCUGGGGGGCGGAGGGUCCCGAGAGCUGCUGAAGUCCGUGCCCGUGCGCGCUCCCGCCGUCCUGGUGCAGCUGCAUCCCCUGUGCCGCUGGCAGCAUCGCCACCUUCCGCCGGCCGUGGAACAUGGCUGCGCGCCGCGCCACCGUCGCCUGCGCGCUGCUGCUGCUGUCCUCCGCCCUGCUCCCCCGCGGCUGCCGGGCGCGCUUCACCGCGGAACCCGACUCGGAUGAGGACGGCGAGGAGACGGUGGCGUUCCCCGAGUCACCCCUGCAGAGCCCCACGGUGUUCGUAGCCAUCCUCGCUCGCAACGCCGCACACACGCUGCCUCACUUCCUAGGCUGCCUGGAGCGGCUGGACUACCCCAAGAGCAGGAUGGCCAUCUGGGCAGCCACUGAUCAUAAUGUGGAUAAUACAACCGAAAUACUCAGGGAGUGGCUGAAAAAUGUACAGAGACUGUAUCACUCUGUGGAGUGGAGGCCGAUGGAUGAGCCAGUGUCUUACCCUGAUGAAAUUGGACCAAAACACUGGCCAAGUUCCCGGUUUGCCCACGUCAUGAAACUGCGACAGGCAGCUCUUCGAACUGCGAGGGAAAAAUGGUCAGACUACAUCCUGUUCGUAGAUGUCGACAAUUUCCUGACUAAUCCGCAGACCCUGAGCCUAAUGAUUGCAGAAAACAAAACCAUUGCGGCCCCCAUGCUGGAGUCCCGAGGCCUGUACUCUAACUUCUGGUGUGGAAUCACACCCCAGGGCUUCUAUAAGCGGACCCCAGACUACCUUCAGAUUAGAGAAUGGAAGAAGACUGGCUGCUUCCCGGUCCCCAUGGUCCACUCCACCUUCCUGGUGGACCUCAGGAAAGAGGCCUCUGACAAACUGGCUUUCUACCCCCCACACCAGGACUACACCUGGACCUUUGAUGACAUCAUCGUUUUUGCAUUCUCCAGCAGGCAAGCAGGCAUCCAGAUGUACCUCUGCAACAGAGAGCACUAUGGCUACCUGCCCAUCCCUCUGAAGCCCCACCAGACCCUGCAGGAAGACAUCGAGAACCUCAUCCAUGUGCAGAUAGAAGCAAUGGUUGACCGUCCUCCAAUGGAGCCUUCCCAGUUUGUAUCAGUUGUCCCUAAGAAUCCAGACAAGAUGGGAUUUGAUGAGAUUUUCAUGAUCAACCUCAAGCGCAGGAAGGACAGGCGGGAUAGGAUGCUGCGCACGCUCUAUGAACAGGAGAUCGAGGUCAAGAUCGUGGAGGCUGUGGACGGGAAGGCACUCAACACUAGCCAGCUGAAGGCCUGGAACAUUGAAAUGCUACCAGGUUACCGGGAUCCCUACUCUUCCAGGCCUCUAACCAGGGGUGAAAUUGGCUGCUUCCUCAGUCACUUCUCUAUCUGGAAAGAGGUUAUUGACCGAGAGCUGGAGAAGACGCUUGUCAUUGAGGAUGAUGUGCGUUUUGAGCAUCAGUUUAAAAAGAAGCUGAUGAAGCUGAUGGAUGACGUUGACAAGGCUCAGCUGGACUGGGAACUGAUUUACAUUGGUAGAAAAAGAAUGCAAGUUAAAGAGCCAGAGAAAGCGGUGCCCAACGUUGUAAAUCUCGUCGAAGCUGAUUAUUCCUACUGGACACUGGGCUACGUCAUCUCCCUGGAAGGAGCACAGAAGCUUGUGGCAGCUGAUCCCUUUGGGAAGAUGUUGCCAGUGGACGAGUUUCUGCCGAUCAUGUACAAUAAGCAUCCUGUAGCAGAGUAUAAGGAAUACUAUGAAGCCAGGGACUUGAAAGCCUUCUCUGCAGAACCCUUGCUCAUCUACCCCACACACUACACAGGCCAGCCAGGCUAUCUGAGUGACACAGAGACUUCAACCAUCUGGGACAAUGAGACGGUGGCCACUGAUUGGGACAGGACACAUUCCUGGAAGUCCCGGAAGCAAGGGCACAUCCGCAGCAACGCCAAGAACACAGAAGCACUGCCACCGCCGACUUCUCUGGACACUGUGCCUUCCAGGGAUGAACUCUGAAAGCUCUCUGGGACUGUGGUCCGCUGGUUCAUCACUGUCUGGUUUUUCUAAAGGGCUACUCAUUCGUUUGCUCCAGUUUGUUUGUGUUUUU